CUGGACGGUGCAGUGCCGCCGCUGGCCGCAGAGGGCGCUGCGCGCAUGGCAGGCCGGGCUCCGCGGCCUCCACAUCUUUUUGUCUGAGAACUGGAUCCCUCUGCCGCUCUACAGUGUGCGCCGUAGCCUCGGAGCAGCGUCCGCCACACACUGUCAAACCACUCCAAACGAAUACAGCCGCGACCAAAAAGCAUUGAUCCAACACCUUCUGUCAUGGCGCUCCGAAUCUGUCGGUGAAAUCGCGCGUAUUUGCGACUGCUCGCUGGAACUUAGUCCGGGCUUGAAUCGGGCUGGCUUCGCUGUGUGUGCACCAGUCUUUAUUAGCGAGCUGCCGCUCUCCUUGCUACCAGCGAUUUCUUUAACUUUUUUAAACACUCAGCCUCGCGAAUGACUGAGCGCCGGCGGAGUAUGGGAUCCUUGGCGUCUUAAGAAGCGACUGAAGUGGGCUCUAACCGUUUUUGCAUGCAAAAACCAUGGCAAAUUCGACGGGGAAAAAUCUACUAGAUCAGCGGAGGAAGGGACAGGCUUUCCUGGACGAGCUGCGGCAAUUCCACCAGAGCAGAGGGUCGCCUUUCAAGAAGAUCCCCAUCGUGGGUGGGAGAGAGCUGGACCUGAGCGCGCUCUAUGUCAGAGUCGUCGCUUUGGGUGGAUUUGCUAAGGUCUCGGACAAAAACCAGUGGCUCGAACUCGGAGACGAGUUCAACUUUCCCAGGAGCUGCUCCAACGCUGCGUUCGCUUUAAAACAGUACUACCUUCGAUACUUGGAGAAGUAUGAGAAAGUCCACCACUUCGGCGAGGACGAUGACGAAGCACCGCCGGGGAAUCCCAAAGCCUCUCUUCCAAUCGGUGCAAUUCCCAACUACUAUAACUACCAGCAACACGUUGUAUCAGACUAUCUCCGCCAAAGCUAUGGACUGUCUACGGAUUUCGUUCCACCGUGUGACUAUAACAAACUGGUGCUGUCUCUCCUUUCGGGCCUACCCAACGAGGUGGACUUUGCUGUUAACGUUUGCACUCUGCUUUCCAACGAGAGCAAGCAUGCCAUGCAGCUGGACAAGGACCCCAAAUUGGUCACGUUGCUGCUGGCCCACGCCGGCGUCUUCGACGACUCGCUAGGCAGCUUCUCCGGGGUGUUCGGGAUGGACUGGAAGGAAAAAACCUCCCGGGACUUUGUCAGGUUCUGGAAAGAGGUGGUGGAGGACACUGAAGUCAGGGAGCUGAUCUGGGACAAGGGCAGCUCAGCACAAGAUGGUACGUCGAGUGCGCAGCGCUGGCAGAGCCUCUUCCACCCGCCGCGGAACCUGGGCAUCAGCGACAUGGAGGCCCAGCGGGUGCUGCAGAUUGCCGUUAUCCUGCGAAACCUCUCCUUCGAGGAGGCCAAUGUCAAGCUGCUGGCGGCCAACCGAACGUGCCUGCGCUUCCUUUUGCUCUGUGCCCACUGUAACCUCAUCUCUCUCCGACAGCUCGGACUGGACACGCUGGGCAACGUGGCUGCCGAGCUCCAGCUGGAUCCUGUUGACUUUCGGACGACUCACCUGAUCUUUCACACCAUCACCAAAUGCUUGCUGUCCAGGGACCGGUUCCUCAAAAUGAGAGCCAUGGAGAUCCUGGGCAACCUCAGCAAGGCGGAGGACAACGGGGUGCUAAUCUGCGAGUAUGUGGACCAGGACUCGUACAGGGAGGUGAUGAUGCUCCUCACCCUGCCCGACCUCAUGCUCCUCAUGGCCUCCCUGGAGGUGCUGUACCUGCUGGCCCAGCUCGGAGAGAUUCCCUGCAGCAAGAUCGCCUCUGUCGACCGCAGCAUAGACCUGUUAGUGCGGUUAGUAUCGGUCGAUCUUCACACGUUUGGACCCGACGCCCUAACAGCGGUGCGGCUGAUCGAGCAUCAGGCCAGUGCUGACCAGGCGGCCGAGGUUCGACCACAGCUGGUGGAGCAGGUACCUGCCACCGCGCAGGGAGCACCGGCACCUGCAACAAGGACCUCGGUUCAAUCCACUCAACCACCACCUGGAAUCGUUGAACUCGAUGGGGAGAAAUUCACACUGCAGUGGCUAAACGCACACUUUGAGACCAACACCGAGGGCUCCGUGUCUCGGUCAGAGGUGUACUCCGAGUACCUGGCCACGUGCAGUAAAAUGGGACGCAGCAACAUCUUGAACUCCACCGGCUUCCUCAAAUGUCUGCGGACUGUGUUCCCCAACCACACAAUGAGGCGGCAGGAUGAGCCAAAGGCAAACGGCCAGGUUCAGAUCCUUCUGGUUGGGCUAAGGCGAAGGUCGAUCCCCCUGCCCAUCCAGCUGUACUACCAGCAGCAACAUCCGGCAGCAACUCCUACACCCCCAGGAGCACCUGGAGACCCUCAGGCCCCGACAUCAGGCUUGCCUCCCGGGAUUCCCAUUCUUGGACCCCAGUUUAUCCGGGUCCCUGGCCUCAGCACCGCCCCAUCCAUCGCCUUGACUGCACAGGAACCUGCCCAUUCAAGCCACCUGACUGUCCCUCGUCACCCGUUAUCACCAAGUCCUCUGGCGGCGGUGCAGCAGCAGCAGCAGGUCCGCCCUUGUCCAUCGGCACCAGCCACCCAGAACCAUAGCCCUCAGAACCCCGCGGCUCAGCAACACUCCCCCAUGCUCCCCACGGGGACGCCAGUCACACUAUUUCAGCAGGUACCACAGGGCCAUAUCCUCACUGCCAGGGUACAAGGCGUGUGCCCCCCAAUCACCCAGCACCCUCCCCUGUCUCAAACUCCUCCCCAGGCGGAAUCGCAGUGUGUUGCUGCAGCGUCGACGUCCUCCCCUCCCAUCCAGGUGGGUGGUUGUCAGGCGUUAAGCAUCACGGGUGUGCCCAAUUCCCAGGGGUCACGUGUUGCAUUUCAGAACAUCGCCCCCAAGCCGGCGCCGAACCAGUCAGGUGGACUGGCAUCCACGAUAUCCACUCAAAACCAGCAGGCGCAGAGUGUAGUAAUAGUCAGCCCCAGCCCCCAGCAGAGCCCAGCCUACACCCCUGCAAUCCACCAGAUCGUUCUCACCAACCCCUCCACCAUUCCCGGUGUCCAGACUAUCCAGAUAGCAGGGCAGCCUGGAGCUGCUUCCAGCCCCUGCCCGCCACCUUCCUCUCACUCCAAUACCCAGAUCCAGCCAAAUCAAACUGUCAGCCACGCACUGUCCAUGAAACGGCUUCAACAGCAGCAUCAACAACAGCAGCCACAACUCCAAAUUAUUUCCCAGACUCCUCCCUCUCAACCUACCUCCACUGAGUCCAGCUUGAUCAAACAGCUGCUGCUUCCAAAGCGUGGGCCUUCUACGCCGGGAGGAAAGCUCAUCCUUCCUGCUCCGCAGGUGCCCCCUCCCAACAGCACGAUAGCCCCCAGUCCACAGGUCGUCUACCAGGCAGGCUACAGCACGCAGAACCCCUCUCCUCAGCCGCUCAAUGUCCAGCUGGUUCCUGGCCAGCUUCCUGCUGCAGGAGCUCCAGCCCUCCAGACGGUCCAGCUCUUGCCAGGCCAGCUCAUUUCUACGAGUAGCCCCGGGGCAGCUACCAUAAUCCAGGGCCCCACAACAGCUGGACAAGUCACAUUCACCGUGGUCCCCAACACUGGCUUCACCACCUCUACUGCUGCUGUCGCCGCUGUCAGCCAGGGUGCUGUCGCUCCAGUCGCUCCCCCUCCUCCAUUCUCUACUGGAACGGUGCCCCACCACACCCCAGCAGCUCCGCCACCACCAACGCCACUGCCAGCACCCCUUAGAGGAGACAAGAUCAUUUGUCAAAAGGAGGAGGAGGCAAAGGAUGCCACUGGGCUGCAUAUCCACGAGAGGAAGAUAGAGGUGAUGGAGAACUCCUCUGUGGCAGGCGGAGACUCCUCCCAUGGCAAAACCAGUAACGGCGAUGUUGCGGCAGGUGCGAAGCUACUCAACGGUCGGAAGUGCAUGGAGUCUAAUCUACCUCCACACCACUCAGGGAAUAGUCAGGGGGCACUCAAUGGCCCGGCAGUGGAGAGCCACCCUGCGAAUGGGAAGCAGGCACUCUCCCCCGGCCUGAACAACCCUCUGGAGGGCAACACCGACCCCAAAAAGACUCUAGUCAACGGCGUGUGUGACUUUGACCGGGUUGACAAUGGCGGCAACUUAAACAAAAACAUUCCAAAUCACAUCGCUUCCAAACAGUACUUGGGGAACGGGGAAGUGGACCCAUCUGUAAAGAGUCACGGCUCCCCUCUCCCUUGUCCUCCUCCCCCCCAGCAGGACACUGCCAAAGCCCAGCUGGCCGAGCGCUUGGCCAACGGACCCCAUGCAGUAGGCAAUAGGUUUCCCUCGGAAUUAACCAAUGGACCUUUGGGGCUCGGCGGCCACGCUGUGCUAAGACAGCAACUGCUCCCUAACUCCUCCCUCCCCUCCACUGUCACCAUUACCUCCCAGAGUCUCGCUGCCUGUCCGGCAAACGGUGUGGCCUCUGAGGCCCGGGGCCUCAAGAGGCCGGCCGAGAGCGAGGACCGCAGCGCAGGGGCGGUGUGCUCGGGAAUCCCCAAUAAGGUGGGAGUGCGGAUCAUCACCAUCAGUGACCCCAACAAUGCCGGCAGCAGUGCCACUAUGGUGGCAGUGCCAGCAGGAACAGACCCAAGCACAGUAGCCAAAGUAGCAAUAGAGAACGCCACUCAGCAGAGGAACUGCUCCGCCGCAGAGACAGCUGGCUCGAAGCCGACCAUAACCCCAUCUCCGCCCCCUGUAUCCCAGCCCGCACCAGUGGGUAACCACAGCCCUCACCUCCCAGCACAGCAAACCUCUGCAGCACCACCACCACCAGAGCAAAGCAGGAAAGCGGGGCAGAACUUUAAGUGUCUGUGGCAGUCCUGUAAACGGUGGUUUGAAACGCCAUCUCAGGUGUUUUACCACGCAGCGACGCAACACGGUGGAAAGGACGCAUACGGCGGCCAUUGUCAAUGGGAGGGAUGUGAACCUUUCCCCCGGCAGAGACUGUCUUUCAUCACGCAUCUACAGGAUAAGCACUGUUCCCGAGAGGCUUUGCUCGCGGCACUCAAAGUAGAGGAGCAAAAGGCACAAAGUCCCAAUCAGACUUCUUCCCAGACUCCACCAGCGGCAGGCAGUCCUUCAGCACAGCGAGCACCGAAAGCAAUCGUCAAUCAUCCGAGCGCAGCUCUCAUGGCCCUACGCAGAGGCUCUCGAAACCUGGUCUUCAGGGACUUCACUGAUGAGAAAGAGGGACCAGUGACCAAACACAUACGACUUACUGCUGCCUUAACGUUAAAGAACAUCGCCAAGCACUCCGACUGUGGACGCAUGUUGGUGAAGAGGCACGAGACGCACCUCUCUGUGCUGGCGCUAAGUAACAUGGAGGUUUCCACCACGCUCGCCAAAUGCCUUUAUGAACUGACGCGCUCGCUCCAGGCAUAACGCCAAAAGAACAACCUCGACAAGCCCCUCACCCACCAACGCCAUCCCUCCACUGAGACGAGAGGGACAAAAGCCACCGGUGAGCCGUAGCGGGUCCACAGGGGCUGGGGGGGAGCGGAGGACGGGCAACCGCAACCGAGACCCUCCUUCUGCCGUGCCUGCCACCCCUCCCCAACCCCCUUCACCUCCUUCCUUGCCAACCUGUGUUUUAAGCGCCCCCUCCAGCACACACUCACAAAAAAAACUGCCACGGGGGUCUUCCACCAGCUGCCCACCUGGGGAGCUCUUUUAUGACUGCUUCCCCAAAGGGACUCCACUGACGAAACCCCAAACCACGAGCACAUUUUGUUCCAGUUCCUCUGUUCUGUUUAAUUCUUCUCUUCGUCCCGUGAACCGAUGUGUGCGAUGGAGCGAGUUGUGGUCGACUGAAAAGCGCGGGUGGGCAGGGAGGAGGGGGCGGGGCUGUUUUAGGCGUCCCACGGGGGUUGUGUGGAGGAGGACUCAGCUGGCGACUGGCGCAGAUUUUUUUUUUUCUUUAGAAACUUGGUAGCUUGUUUUCUUACUUGAGUCAAUAUAUUUUCACUUAUUUAUUAUUGAAAUGAAUACCAUUACAAUUAAUGAAAAAGAAUCUUGUAAAUAUGUUGUGAAUAUAUAUAAAGAAGAUCCUCUUUCAUGCCGAUGCAGCCACUGGAGAACUUGCUCUGUGGAGUAAUAGAAGCAUUACUUUGGUAGGAUUGAAUAAAGUAGUAUGUUUUUGUUUUUGUUUGGGUUUUUUUUUUUCUUCUUUUUUUUGUUGCUUUUUUAUGAUCCCUGGUCACUUGUAUCUAAUGUGAUUCUAUACUCAGCAGUGGAUGAAUGUACUUAAAAACCUGUAAAUAAUUCUGCAAAGGUACUGAUGCUGUAAAGCUUAGGGAGGGGGAAAAACAGUUUUUUGUGGAACUGUGACAUUUUUUGUAUUAUAAUACCUUGUAGAACUCAUUUUGCUGGCUGAAAGAGUAUGGAAUAAUAUAUCAUGUCAUUUUGUAGAAGAAAAAAAAAUAUUGAAGGUAUCCCUUUCCUUCCUCUUCCCUCACACACCCUCCCCCCUCCUUCCCCCUCAACACGCACACACAAGUGACAUAUAUCCACUGUAAGCGUUUUUGUCAUUGUACGGGCACAGUGCGCGUACCAAAAUUCUUUUGUAUUUGUAAAUUGGUUUAAAUACAUGGAGUUUUUAUACAGGUUUUCUCCUGUGUUCUUUGCUUUACGUGCAGGUAUGAUAUUUUCUUCACUACUUUUUUCUAUCUUAAUAUAGUGUGGAGUUUUAUUGUACUAUUUUUUCAUUCUUAAUACCAUGCCACAUUCCGGCUCACGUCCUCAGACUGUCCUCUCUACCGUGUGUUGUGUAACAUUUAUGACUGCCUGUCGUAUUAGCAUCUGACCGGGGCGACCCAACCAUCCUCAUUUCUGCGGUGUCAGUAGGAUGUGUGACUAUACAUAGACCUAACAGUCUGUUAGAGAUUGGCUUUAUUUACUUUGGUGACUGUUUAUAGUUUUUAAAUAAAACACUGAACAUUU